AUGUCCUCUAACCGCAGGGUAGGCCUGAGCUUCGAGGAAUACUUGGGUUCCGCGCAAAUAUGUUUCGUCGUCAACGCCUACCAAUGGUGCUGCGUGGGUGUAUGGAUUAGAUUCCAGUGCGGUUUCAACUUCUAUGGGAGGAGUGGGAAGGUUGGAAGACGAAUGCGCGAUGCGCUUGAGUCUCUGGCUUUGGCUAAUGUGGCGAGCUGA